UUUCUUAACGCGGAUUUCAACUUAACCCCUAACCCAAAAAGGGGCGUCACUGAGUAUGUUUGUUUUACAUUUUUAUCCUCUAGAGCGUAAAGAAAUCUUUUUAUGUCAAUCGACCCGAGGUACAAUACCGGUAACACAACAGCAGUGCGCUAAGGUAUGUGUCAACUGUAGUAAAGGAAGAAAUGGCUGCCCUGCCCAGGAUAACUUGCUUCCUGGUUGUUUGGAUGAUAUUUUUAACAGUGCACCUAUGUCUAUGCUGUAUGGAAGGUGACGGUUACUUUGGCUGGCAGUGUGACACUGUGACUGGGUGUUUCUGUAAACAAGGACAGAGAUGUCAACGGACUCUAAGAACAUGUCCUGAACAAUGUGUGGACAACCCCUGGGGAAUAGGAUGUCAAGAUGAAAAUAUCAACUUAGCCUAUGGAAAGCAAGCCACACAGUCAAGUACUUAUAUGAAUGUUAGCGAAAACGUGAGUUAUCCAGCGAAUCUUGCAGUGGAUGGACACAACAGCACUGAUGACCUGAAAUGUAUAAAAACGAAUUCACAGAACAAUCCCACCUGGAGUGUGGACCUAGGAGGGUUAUAUGUAAUUCGUAGAGUUGCAUUGAUAAAACCUGACAUAUGCCAGUUUCAAGGUGUCCAGCUCUGCAUUAACAACAAAACGGCAUCGGAUACUGGAUGCAGAGCUGUAGGAGUUGAUAAUACACAGUGCUCAACAUCAGUGUUAGAGUACGAGAUAGAUUCACCAAUCUUGGGGCGCUACGUCACGUUACGAAAAUCUGGAACACAAAUAUUUCGGUUGUGUGAAAUCGUCGUUAGGGGCUACACGUACCCAUAUAAUGUGGCCAUUGGAAGAACAGCAGAGCAAAGCGACGUAGCGGUUAUUGCAGGUGGAGUACCAAGUCGUACUGUAGACGGGAAUGUUAACGCAGAUUUCAAUGCAGGGUCGUGCUCUCACACAGAUUUAACACCAUACCCCUGGUGGCGGGUAGACCUGGGCCAGCAGUACGUGGUUUACAGUGUAACGCUAUUUAACAGAGGUGUUGGCGUUGACUCCGGCAAGCACUUAAAAAACUUAUCAGUAAAGACACGUAACAUCACAGAUACCAGCAGCAAAGACGUGUGUGCGACAUAUGUUCCCCAAGUACCUCGUGGUGGUAGUGUAGAAUUGUCAUGUCAAGUUCCACAUAUUGGUCAAGUCGUGAUUGUGCAGCUGGAGCACGAAGCCCCUUUAAUACUCUGUGAAGUUACUAUUAAAGGGUACAGAUACAAAGAAACCGUUGUAACUGUAGAAAUACCAAUGAACAGUGUCAUCCCGUGUAUGGAGUCUGUACAUCUGGCUGUGCUGAAGGCUGGCAGGGACAUAAUGGAACAUGUCAAGUGGGGGAUGAAUCAAGAGGUCCAUAGAUGCGACGGGUUUGGAAAAUUAACCGUGCGAUAUGAAGGAGAAUUCAACAAUGGUACAACAGACGUGCUGCAUGUCAACGAAACACAGCUGAUAACCAUAACCAACCUCACAACAUAUAGUAAAUACACCAUCUACCUGACAGCAGUUAACAACUUACACCUGGUAGGACCACCAGUGACAGUGACUCAUACUACAGCUGAAGGGGUUCCACCAAAGAUGAAGGCCCCAAAUGUAACAUCUACUGGAUAUAGCUCCAUAGAGAUAACAUGGCGUGCCCCUUCCCCUCCAGGUGGCGUUAUCGUCAGUUACCAGAUAUCCUACUUUCAACAACCCGGCCAGUGGGAAGAAACAGUGACUGGUGCAGAUAUUACUAGUAAAAUAAUAGGCAAUUUGCAGUUCAAUUCCACGUACAUGAUUCGAAUACGUGCCAAAACUGCUGUCGGCUAUGGCGAGUAUAGUGAUCUAAUUCGGGCAACAACGAGUAUGGAAAAAGACGUCUCAAUUCAGAAUGAACUGUACAGUAUAAAUGGUGGUGCUGUAUCAGGAGGUGUGUUGGGGGUUCUGGUUCUGGUGGCGGUAGUUGUGGUCGUUGUUGUCAUAUACAAAAGAAGGCAGCGCCGUAACGAAUCAAAUGGAAUUGACGCCUUUUCCGAACUGCAAGGAAAAGAAGCUUCAGAUGAACUUGUAGAAGAAUUGCCGAGAGAAAAUAUGUAUGAAAACGCCGACGACGAGCAUCUCUAUGGCAAUAUUGAUCAAAGCACAGAAAUCCCCGUAGAGGACAUUUUUGAGGUCAUGAAAUUGAAAACCAGAGAUGUUCUUAAGGCUGAAUACCAGAAAUUCCCCACCAUAUUUAUUUGGCCUUGUGAAGCCGGCCAAAAGCGAGAGAACAAACUAAAGAACAGGUUCCAGAACAUUAUGCCAUACGACCAUAGCCGAGUUGUACUGGAUCUUUUGCAAGGUGAUCCCAACUCUGACUACGUCAACGCAAACUAUAUUGAUGGAUAUAAGAGACCACGUGCAUUUAUCGCUUCUCAAGGUCCAAAACCGAACACUGUGAAGGACUUCUGGCGGAUGAUAUGGCAAGUCAAGUCUCCACAAAUUGUAAUGGUGACAAAAACUGUGGAAAUGGGCAAGCAAAAAUGUGAGCAGUACUGGGCAGACGAGGGAGUGAAACAGUUUGGUGAAAUAGAAGUGACUACACUGGAUGAAAUUCAAGGACAGGACUAUUUUGUCCGAAAUUUGAAGUAUUGUAAGGUUGGAGAACUAGAAGUACGUACUGUAAAACAGUUCCACUUCACUGGUUGGCCUGAUCAUGGUGUGCCUGUUGACCCAACGGCUUUGGUAAAAUUCCGAGAGGAAGUCAAGAAGUAUCAAAGUCAGGUUCAAGACCAAGGACCUAUCAUUGUACAUUGCAGCGCUGGGGUUGGUAGGACCGGAACUUUCAUUGCACUGGACUACCUGUUCGAACAAGUGCUUGCUGAAGGAAAGAUCGACAUAUAUCGUCUCAUCCAAGAAAUGCGAGCAUCGCGACCAAAGAUGGUGCAGACAGUGGAGCAAUAUUACUUCAUCCAUGACGUGAUGUUGGAAGAACUGCAUUGUGGUUUAACCUCUAUACCAGUGCAAGACUUUGCCACUCGUCUGCGGAAACUGAGACGAAGGAACAAGUCGGGACUGACCAAAAUGGAAGAAGAGUUUGUGAUACUGAACCUUAUGUUGCCUGAAAUAGACGAAAGCUCCAUCAAGACGGCCUUGGAACCUAUCAACAUUGAUAAGAAUAGAGUGAGGAAUAUUGUUGCAGGUAACCACUGCAGACCAUACCUUGUGUCAUACGUGAAGGACAGCACUGACUACAUUAAUGCCGUGUUCAUAGAUGGUUACCAACGCCAAGAUGCCUAUAUCGUGACUCAGAUGCCUCUGCCUCAUACGGUGGUUGACUUCUGGAGUAUGUUGUAUGACCAGCAUUGUGCGACUAUAGUUAUGCUGAAUGAAGCGAACGAAGAAAGCAAGACAAGUGCCGUGUACUGGCCAGUAGAGGAGCCGACUACUUACGGUCAUUUCACUGUCGAAGUGAUCUCUAUGCAUCAGAUUGGGGAAUCUAUCACCAUCAGGGAGUUGAAAUUGGUUAGUUCAAAGCGACACUCCGCCCCCCCAAGAACUGUCUGUCAAUUCCAGUUUCAUGAAUGGGGGACAUCAGAACCAGUGCCGCCAUCACCACGUGCGUUUCUUGAGCUGUUUGAUGCGGUUCAACAAUGGCAACAGAAAAGUGGAAAUACUUCCAUUACUGUUCACUGCAUGAACGGUGCCCACCAGAGCGGGUUGUUCUGUGCCGUGGCUCGCAUACUGGACAAGCUGAAGGUGGAGCAGGAAGUGGAUGUCUUCCACACGGUGAAGGCUGUCAGACAAAACAGACCACAACUGAUCGAUAGCAAGGAGCAGUACUACUUUUGCUAUGAAGUGGUUGAAGAAUACGCCCACAGGUUCGACACGUACGCCAACUUCCAGAUGUAGGAUUUUAAAGGACACUGAAGACGUUGCCUUCAUGGAGAUAGAAAGCAAAUGCUCUCUAAUUAAUUAAGUGCAGAUUUUUGAUUACUUGCAAUCAGCUGUUGUUUUUUUUCUAGUAACAAUGUUUUUAGAUAGGGGGAUAAGGACACAGCUUGCUUUUCACUAUAGCCUUCUAUUUCUUUGGGAGGAGAGAAAGAAUCACUGACACACUUACUGUAAGCGAUUGUCAAAGUCUAAGUUUUGUGUAAGCUACGCAAUAGACAUGCAUGUAACUGAGGAAUUAAGGAAGAGCUUUAUAUUCCUGCAUUUAACGCCAUUAGUAAAAACAUAUAGUUUAUUAUUAGUUUACUACAUAUAUGAUAUGUACUAGUACAUGUUAUUCAGGAUUUAUGAAGAUAGAACUGUGGUUGUUUUUUGUCAGUAGCUUUUGAUAGAGGAGAAAAAAGGGCGUUAAAAUCCCUGGAAUAUGCCUUGUGCCUGCCAUUUCUAAUAGAGAAGGUACCAGGGGAGGGUGCAAGCACCUGAGCAGUUGUCAUAGAAUAAUCACUCGGUCGAACAUGGUCAUCUCUCGGGAAAUACUCAUGCCUUCAGAAAGAUAUCUUUGUACUCAGAAGGCUCACACGCGCUGGUUCCCGUGAAAAGUAGGACCACAAAAAGCUGCUGUAUCCAGCAUUUCUACCUGCUGGAAUCAACAAACGCAUUUGCGCUCGAUUAACAAAUAAGAAAAGUUGAGAGGUUGAAAAAUGUUAAUAUAAGUAAGUCUCUAUGAUCUUUGAAAGAAAGAGUUAUAGUAUCAAGUGGCUGCGUACAAUGUAAAUGGAUAAGAGAAUAGGCUAAUUCGCUUGACAUGACUCGUUCUACGAUGUGCAAUGUAAUUAUUUCAUAGUACAUGUUACUAGUACCUUACGGCAACCUAUGGGUGGGUAAAUAUUGUAGGUGAGAAAGGGGGAGGGUUUUUUUAUAUAUAUAUAUUCCUGAUAACAGAGACUGAAAAAAAUGAAUGCGCAAGGUGCUCACGAUUUUCUGUAAUGGAGCAACUACUUAAACCCCCUUUACACUGGACGGCGUCCUUUCUGCGUCUUCUGUGAGAUAGAUGAAACUGGCAUCACUGUGGUCGUAAUAAGGAGGCACAAUCAUUGCUUUAGUUGCAGAAUGCUUAAUGAUCGCCCAUUUUCCGGCACGUAAAUUAUUAUUAUUUUUUUACUCUCAAACUGGACCGUACUACAGGACGCAGAAAGGACGCCGUUCAGUGUAAAGGCGGCUUUACUGUUCAUAUCAUACAUUUAGACUAGAAACCACUUAAUCGUUCCACCCUCCCAUGUACAGUGUUGUUUUCUGGUUGCAAAUUCACGGAUUCACUCAUAACACGUAAAUACCGAAUAUCUUUUUACUCACAAUAGCGACCCGUGGGAGGGCGGGUGAGAUUAUUCAAACACCACCAUGCAGCAUUUGUAGUAAAACCUACAUGAGGUGCUGAAAGAUGAAAUCGAUUAUUUUAUCUCUGAAAAAUAGAAAGGAUAUAUUUAGCAGACUGUACGAAGCAUGCUUUUUGGUUAUCUUCAAUGUAAACCAUCCCUUAGGUAUAACUAAUGCGCGCAAUGUAGCAUAUAGGACAUAAAAACCUAGCCAUAUGUCAACUCUGAUAUAAUUUAUAAUAAAUAUUGAAUAUUGCCAGCCUGUGUAUCCUUUUG